AUGCCGUCCACUGCUGCUCGCCUUGCCCUCGCGGCUCUGGUGACAGCAACGACCUCACCGCUGGCCGCCAACGCUCUGCUGGGCACACCUGGAUCACCAUGCGAGAAGCACUGCAGCAACCAGCAGGACCACACGGCGCGGGAUGAGAUUGUUUGUGAUAGGGGCAGCAUAGGGAAGACAGCGGCUGGGAUAGUAUGGGAGAACUGCAUCAAUUGUCAGCUGAGGAGCAACUACACAUCUGGGACCAUGUCGGAUCAGGCUGCUUUGCUUUACAACCUUCGAUUUGCCAUGGACACCUGCCUAUGGCAUAGUGGCGACAGCACACCAUGCACCGGAUCGACAGCAUGUGGUCCGCUGGAAGAUGCCGUGGAGUUUCGCAGGAAUGACACUUCCGGCCGAACCCCACACGGCUUCUGUGACCUAUGGGAAGAGAACUUUAUUCCUCGAUGCUCACCAUGCCUAGUUGGUGAACAGCGAGGUCGCGGCCUCUUCCUCAACAACUACCUCUGGAUCCUCGAGGCUGCUUGCGAACAGAAACCAGAUCCAGGAUAUACCAUCGCCAUCCAAGGCGAAGUCUUUGGUGAAAACACCGUCACCAUCGUUCCACCAGAAACCACCCUCGUCGGCGUCCCAACACCAGAUUAUGGCCCUGUCUCCCUCGGCGCUAGGGUGGGCAUCGCCUUUGGUGGCAUUGCGCUUCUUCUUGUUCUGGCCGGCUUCUUCAUUGUCUGCAAUGGCAAGAGAAGAAGACGGGCUUUUUUAAGGGAGCUGGAAAAGCGCCACGCGCAAGCAAACCACAGGUAUGGUGGCGGAGGAGGUGACAUGUUUGAGACACCGGUUAGUCAGCGACCACUUAGGGGGUGGGAGAAUGAGAGCCCUGUCUCUGCAGCCACCGAGGCGACGGAACGGACACUACCGCGAUAUAUCUCGCCAUACACGAGCACCUACAACAGCCCCGUUUCUGGACCAGGAGGGUCGGCGACGGUAGCGGCAAACUGGCCGUCGUUGUCACCACAGCAGAUGCACAGCCAACGACUGGAUCAAUUAUUACAGCAGCAGUCACCUGCGCACGGGUCCCCGCCACCGGCUUUUACACAAUGGCCUUCGGUUGGGCAGGAGAAGAUGGUUAUGCAGACGUAUACGCAGCACGAGAAGCGACAGAAUGAGAUUGCCAUCGGGCUUGCGCUGGGAGGGGAUGAGGCGAGCUUGAGGAGCAAGCCGUCGAAUGGGACGAUGAAUAAUGAUCGGUAUGGGUACCCGGUGGAGGACAAGGGGAAGCAGAGGGAUGAGGUGUAUGAGUUGAAGGAGGUGGAAAGUCCGUAUAAUGGGCAGGGUGGGGAGGGGAUGGUGCAUGGGAGUAAUAAUCCUUAUUAUCAGAUGCCGAGCCCACCACAGGCACCGGUGCUGCACCACCCUGGUUAUGGGAGAGCACAUGGGAGUCGGCCUGGGUCAGGGGAUAAGGGGGCGACAGGCUUGGGGUUGCAGAGUGUGCCUGUCUCAUGA